AGAGUUCCUAGAUUUAAAACUACGCCCUAAUACUAGCUAUAUAAACACCAUUAUAGGUGUUGAAAGAAACACUCUAGAUCUCCCAGUGAAUGGCUAGCGAGCUAGGGUUAGAGAGUUCCUCUGCAUAUAUACAUAUAUAAUUGAGGAUAUUUAGGUUGUGAACCAGGGAUCCAUUCUCCAUCUGAGGAUUCCUAGAUUGGUAAUUGAGUCAUGGCUGCCGAUCGUCUUCUGAAAAUAGAAAAUUUGAUAUUUGUUCUCCAUAUGAGGAUUCCUAGAUUGGUAAUCGAGUCAUGGUUAUCGCAGACGGUCAGCUUCUGAAAAGAGAAAAUUUGAAAACCAUGGCGGGAGGAGACCAACUCAGCAAUUUGCCCAAUUCAAUCCUACUUCACAUCCUAUCUAUGUUGCCAAACAAUAAAGAAGUUGUGAGAACCAGCGUAUUAUCUGAACGAUGGAGGUUUCUUUGGAAAUCGGUUCCAAUAUCUCUCAAUUUCAAGUUUCCGGCUAGUGACAAUGAAAUUGACACUCUUGAUUAUCUAGUUUCUAUCCACAGAGAACUUUAUUAUUGGAGGUCUUACGAGAAAAUUCAAAAACUCAACGUGCAGGACCUUAAGUAUGUGCAGCGUUUUUCUAAAGAUGUCGAUUUGUGGGUACAUUUUGCAACUAAACUUGCUAAUGUUGAAAAUUUUGGACUUGAAUUUAAUACAGAUAACCAAAGGUAUGAGUUUCCUCAAUUUGCAUAUAAAAAUGCAUCGUUGAAGAGUUUGUUUUUAGUUCACUUCCAAUUGAACCCUUUUGGCAAUGUUAACUGGAGUAGUCUCGUUUCUCUUUCAAUGUAUAACAUGGAAUUCAUAGAUGGUGUAAUGGAGAAGGUAUUAUCUGAAGUGUACUUAGAAUUGGAUGAGUUUUCGGGCAUACAUCGUUUGGAAAUAAGCUCUGUGAAGUUGAGAGAAUUGAUUAUGCGUGUGUAUUAAAAUGAGAUCCAUGAUCUAGGGCUCAAAUUAAUAGCCCCCUACAUUAAAAUAUUGGAAAUCAUGGGGUGGUGCAGCGAGAUACGCAUCAUAAAUGUGGCAUCACUUGUUACUGCAAUGCUUUGUUUAGAUUUUGAUUUUGAUUUUGAUUUGGGGAAAGAACAGUACUUGGAGAAGGAAUGUAGUCUUUUUAAGGAGCUUUUUCACAGUGUUGCCCAUGUCGAAAAUCUUACAUUGGGAUCCUGGUGCGUCGAGGUAUAUUCAUACGUUUCAUUGUGUUAAAUUCAGAUUCUUUUUAGGGACUCUUUACUUACUAUAGGAUCAUAUUUCCUUGUUUUAACAUAUUUUGGUUUGUCUAUUUCCGUUGUAAGUGCUUGUCCAUCUUGGAGUUGAAAGGGUGGGAGUUUCCACCAUCAAGCCGGAAAUUCUUAAAACUUGAUGUAGAAUUUAAUCAGUUAGACUUUCCUGGAAUUUGCUGCUUUCUACAGAGCUCACUGGAUCUUGAGACAUUGGUCAUUCAUUGGUACGAUGUUGAAUUGGGAGUAAGUUUCUUUUAGACCUUUAUGCUUUUUAAACAACUAUUCAUCAUUAAUAUUUCAAUAAUAGGUACUUGUAUUGAAAAGUCAUCAUCUUUUUAUUUUGUCCUUGCUUAAUAUAGUGGAUUCUUUCCUACA